AUGACAAUUUAAUAAACAAAUUUCAUAUCUUUAUAAUGUUAAAUUCAACAAUGCACACAAGCACACAUUGUAAUUUGUAAAUUGUAUAAUAAACUAAUAACUCAAGAUAUCAUCCGAACCCGAAAUUAGUUUUGUCAUUAAAUUACUUUAAAAAAAAAAUGAAGUGUGGUGUCGAUUUGAAAAAUGUGAUCGAGUAGAGUGGCAUUGCCACUUAGCAACUAGAUGAGAUAUGAAUUACAAAAUUACCCCUCAGAUAAUACCAAACCAUUACCAGAAACAAGUCUCUCUUUCUCUCAGUAAUGUAAUCUUGUAUACCCUAGAAAAUCCCCCAUUUUCUCUCUCCUCCCACAACUUCCAAGUUUUAUUUCACUCAAUUUUUGCACCAAACUCCAUUUUUCUUCAAAUUUCAGCUUACUUAGAUUAGUUUCAUUUGCUGUAGAAUUUUUAAUUUUUUUUUUAGUUUCUCAAUUUAUCGCGUGAUAUGUUGGUAUUACUGCAUUGAUUAAAGGUGCGUUUGUUUAGCAAUUUCUGUAAUUUUUUGUAUUGAUUUUGGUUGAAUUAGAGGUUAGUUGAUAUUAUUUAUAUUUAUAUAUACUAUGGUAUCAGUAAUGAACAACGAUUUCGAUUUGGAGAGAAAUACAGAUGAAGGGGUUAGUGAUUCGCAUUUAAAUUCGGAAAUUAGGGUUUCUUCUGGGAUAGAUUUAGGUUCUCGGAUUAGUGAGAUUGAUGAAAAAGGGGUUUUAGAGAGGCCUGAAUGGGAAAUGGAUGAAGUUAGGGUUUUGGGCGGGGACACAGAAACGGAUAUGGAUUCGAAUACGGGUUAUCGUUUAAAUGGCGAUUCUGGGAAUUUAGUGGGGUAUGAUGGGGAGGAGGGUGAUGGAGAAAUUGAGGUUAAGGGUCAGGGAAUGGUUUCUAGAGAGGGAGAAGACGAGGGUGGGGGGAUUACUCGUAGUUUAAAUGGUGUUGGGAAUGUGGGUGUUCAUGAAAUGAAGCGGGAGGAUGUUCUUGACGAUGAGGAUUCAGAGAGAGAUAGUAAGGAUGGUGAGUUUAGGUUAGAGAAUCGUGGUGAUUUGCAGGCUUCGGUGAGUAAAGAUGUGAGUGUUAGUGAUGGGGAUGAUGAAAUGAGAAGUGGAUUCGUUUUGGAUUCCGGGUUUGAAAUGGGUGAUAUGGUUUGGGGCAAGGUGAAGUCUCAUCCGUGGUGGCCGGGCCAUCUGUUUAAUGAAGCUUUUGCUACUUCUUCAGUUCGACGAACAAGGAGGCAUGGACAUUUGUUGGUUGCAUUCUUUGGUGAUAGUAGUUAUGGGUGGUUUGACACUACGGAACUUGUUCCGUAUGACCCUCAUUUUGCAGAAAAAUUGCAGCAGACAGCUUCGAGGAAUUUUGUUAGGGCUGUGGAGGAAUCUAUUGAUGAGGCCAGUCGGAGGAGUGCUCUAGGUUUAAGUUGUUACUGUCGGAAUCCAAAUAACUUCCGUCCAGCAAAUGUGCCUGGUUAUGUGGCUGUUGAUGUUGUAGAUUAUGAACCUGGUGCUAUUUAUUCACUGAGUCAAAUUCGGAAGGCAAGAGACAGUUUCCGGCCGCUUGAUGCUCUUUCGUUCAUAAAGCAGUUGGCUGUGGCACCAAUGAGUGGAGAAAUUAAAAACCUUGAUUUUAUUAAAAACAAAGCUACCACCCUUGCGUAUCGCAGAUCUAUAUUUGAAGAGUUUGAUGAGACUUAUGCUCAAGCUUUUAGUCAGUCUCCAGUACGAACUUCCCAGUUGCCAGCAUUGGAUAAAGUGCCAUCUCGAGCUCCUUUAAGUGGCCCAUUAGUCAUGGCGGAUACUCUUGGUAGUCGGAAGAGCUCCACUAAAGCUUUUAAAACAAAGGAGCUGUCCAAAAAGGAUAGAUACCUGUUUAAGCGUAGAGAUGAAGCUGGCGAUUUGAGGAAAGUUAAGACUGUUCAAGGUCAUGCAAGCUCCUCUUCAUCUUCUGCAUGUGAGGAUGGAGCAUCUGAUUCAGCUGCAGCUGCUUUUGUGCUCCAGAAAAGGGAUUUGCCUGUGUCAGAUGACGCUUUGGCUCAUGCUGGAACCACAAAAGAUGCUUCAACUGCAGGUAUUGGUGUGAUGGUGCCAUCUGCGUCACAAGAAUUGGAAUCUAGUGGUGUGGUGGUAGCUGAUUCAGGCAGUCUGCAUGUUAAGGUUCCAGACAGUCACAUCAGUAGCCCUACUUCUAUUGAUGUUAACCAACUUGCUGUGAGAGAUGGCAUGAUAAAGAAGAAGAAAAAAACUGCUAAAUGCCCUGUAGGCGAAAUGAUCUCUGAGAAAUCUGAUCGUCCAGAGAAGAAGAUGAAGAAAGUGAGGAAAAUAGAUGGUCAAAGGAGCAUAGAGCAUGUGAAGAAGGAUUUGGUUUUGUCUGCUGGGAUGCCUACUGAGAUUGCUGCCUUGUCCAGAGAGGACUCUCAAGUAAGUCAGAGAAGGAAGGACAAUGAUGCAAUUAAUUCUGUUCCGUCACAAGUGGGGUUUGCGUCAUCGGAAGAAGCUAGAGGCAAUGAGGCUGAUCUUGCACAGUUGUUGGCUGAUUUGCGAGGUCUUGCCCUGAACCCUGUCCAUGGUAUGGAAAGAAAUGGGCCUGCAAUUACACGACAGUUUUUCCUGAAGUUUCGCUCCUCUGUUUUUCUGAAGAGCUCCAGUGCUUCAGCUGCUGCCGAAUCUGAACUCAGGGAGGGUCGGGACAUCAAAUCUACCCCUGCAUCUGAAUCUACUGAGAAACCUUCAGUUGAGAACAGUAAAGCUGCAUCUUCUGUAAAACUGCAGAAGCUCUCUACCAGACAUGAGGAUCCCGGGAAAGGGCGGAAACGGAGGCCAUCUGAGCGUCAGGAGGAAAAAGCUGCAAAGAAGGCUAAGAAAAUAACUGAAGCAAAAUCCUCUAGUUCUGUAAAGCGAACCCUGCUAAAGAACCCAGAGAUGCUGCAGCGAGCUGAGGGAAAAGCUAAGGCAGCUGCCACACAAAGCCCGCAAGUAAAACCCAUAAAGUCAGAACAGCGUCAAAAGAAAUUGGACCGGCCUCCAAAGGUGGUGGAUCCCCAUUAUCUCAUUAUGAAAUACCCAUCUGGCUCCUCACUCCCUUCCCUGGUAGAGCUGAAGGCAAGAUUUGCCCGAUUCGGCCCAAUGGACACAUCACUCAGCCGGGUCUUCUACAAAACAAACACCUGUCGUGUUGCUUUCCUCUAUGAAGAACAUGCACAAAUUGCUCAACGCUAUGCUACAGGAAGCAAAUCUGUGUUUGCAAACGUGAAGCUCAUAGUGAAGCCUGUGGCAGCAGCUGAACCUCAGCAGCCAAGCAGCAGCAGGGUUGAAGACUUGCAGAAUGAAUCUGCAGCAAACCGGGAUUCAUCAACAAUAGAGUCAAAACCUGUAAUCACCACUGCAACCCCACAGCAGCCGGUGCAGCAGCUGAAGUCCUGCUUGAAGAAACCUUCUGGAGGCGAUGAGACUGGUGUGCCCAACAAUGGUGGAAGCAGUGCAAGAACAACCCGGGUGAGAUUCAACAUGGGUGAGGUCAAAGGUAGUACUGAUAAUAGGGGAGGUCUUGAAGGCCAAAAGAUGGAGUCUAGGAAUUCGAUGUUGUCAUCUUAUGAAGGUUCUUCAUCGUCGUCUAUUGCUAUGGAUGUUAGUAACAAUCAAAGGUUCACAGUUUCUUCACAUCCAUUGCAACCCCCUCUCCUUCCCCAUCCUCCCCAUUUUAUUAGGCCUCCGAUAAAUCACCUACAUGAUACAGUUGAAUUAUCUCCGAGAAAUAAUUUGCAUGAUAAUCCGAGGGUAGUUCCUCCACAAACUUCUGUUGAAAAUCAAGUACCACCACAGGGUCCACAGCCCACCAGAGACAUCUCACAGCAGAUGAUGAACCUCUUGACAAGGUGCCAUGAUGUGGUGACCAACGUUAAGAGCAUGUUAGGCUAUGUGCCGUACCAUCCUCUAUGAGAAAAUGAAGGUGCAUAUAUGUUGAAAUACGUUGGACCACCACAUCAUCAAGGGCCCACCUUUCCAUCUGGAGGACUGAUACUCGCCGGAAUAUGUUGCAUUGUAAAGGACAGACAUUUCAGCUCCAGUGAGAGGCCAGUGGGUGCGAAAUGGGCUGCCUAGGAAACCCUGUUAUUAGAGCAAAUAGCUGCAACGGCACAAUUGUUUGUACAAAAUUGUUGCUUGGGUGGUUAGUCGUUAGGGGUUUUGUUUUGGGUAGGAGGGGAGGGGUUCUAGGAGGACCAUGGGGUCAAGGGGACUUGAUAUCACCUGAAUUGUACUCGAGAGCUUGAAUAUUUGUGUAGCUCGUGGUACGGGAACAUAUAAUGUGUACCUGAUUCGAGGCUGUGGAUCACUCUCUCCCUCCCUCUCCCUCCCUCUCCCUUUUCAUCACAUGGCUGCAUGUUUGUGCUUUCGGUCUUUAAAAUUUUUGGGUUAAUUGAGUUUAAACUUGCAUGUUCUGCAAAA